AAGAUCUGAAGUGACGUCGAAAUUAAAUUAUUAUUUUACAACACGUAUAAAUUACACCCUCUUAAAAAAAAAUUAAAUCACAAAAUAAAAAGGAAUAUCCAGGUGUUUUUCAGGAAAAAUUACAACCUGGAAUUCUCUGAUAUCAUAUCAAAAAUUUCGAGAGACUUGAAUUUUUCGUUUGGGCUUUAACUUUAACCUCCUCUCGCCCCAACUGUUACCGCCGCUGCUCCUGCUGUUGCCGCUACUGCCGUUUGCUGCUUUUGCUGUCGUUUGGUUCCUCCUGCCUGGGAUUCACGAUAAAAUCUGUGGGUUGAGACAAUGGCGGCCUUGCCACGGCGUAUAAUAAAAGAGACUCAAAGAUUGAUGCAAGAGCCAGUUCCAGGCAUAAGCGCUGUGCCAGAUGAUGCAAAUGCUAGAUAUUUUCACGUUAUUGUAACAGGCCCAGAAGACUCGCCGUUCGAGGGUGGACUAUUUAAACUUGAAUUAUUUCUACCUGAAGACUAUCCAAUGUCUGCACCAAAAGUUAGAUUUAUUACAAAAAUAUAUCAUCCAAAUAUAGACAGACUGGGCAGAAUUUGUUUGGAUAUCCUAAAAGAUAAGUGGAGUCCUGCGUUGCAGAUUAGAACGGUGCUAUUAUCAAUACAAGCAUUAUUGAGUGCUCCAAAUCCUGAUGAUCCUUUGUCCAAUGAUGUUGCCGAAUUAUGGAAGGUUAAUGAGGGUGAGGCAAUACGCAACGCCAAAGAAUGGACGCGCAGAUACGCAAUGGAUAACUGAUCUCAGCGUGGUCUCAAUUUUGAAGAGAGCAUCCUUCCUAUCGCGCGCACGUCCAAACUAAGGGGGAAAACCAGCAAUGUCUCAUUCUCUUUUCCUCCGCUAUGCAUAUUCCUCAUCCCUUUCCCUGUCCUUCCGUUCCUCCGCCUCUUCCUUAAAAGAGAACCUCAGCACGCUAACUCCACACCUUCUUUCACCGCGAUUCGUUGUCAUGUCAAAAAAUUUGGCCGUUAAACAAAUAAUGUUUUGGAAAUUUCUUUUCUUCUCUAGCAUUAUUUCACUUUUACUUCUGAUGUUCGAAACGAUGUCACAGCUGUACAAAAAAUCGGUCUGAUUUCAUCCUUGUGAUUCGAUGAUACCACAGCGCAAUUCUAAAUUGUAUAAAAUAAAAACGUACCAUUAAGCUAACAAAAAUUAAAUUGACAACUUUAUGCUGUGACCCUAUAAAAUAUAAUCAUUUAUUGUUGAACAGAACGAUUUUAAAUUCUAUCUGGGGAUAAGGUGAAUAUUAUAAUCCAUAGAUCAACUCUUCGUAUGUGAUAAUAGAUUUUUGUUUUGUUAGGUAGAAACGGUAAGACAGAACUUUGAGAUUCGUGUGUACACUAACUGGUUGCACGAUAUGAAAUAUAUUCCUAGUAAAACAAAAAGAGAUAAAAUCUGCAUGUGGUCAAAAUUUUAUAAUACCUUUCUUUAGGUUUUUCUAAUUAGUCAAACAAUUAUACAACUAGUGUUUCUCGAUCUACCAAUGAAUCCAAUUCGAUAAAUUUUUUAUAUUCCAUUGUAAUUAAAAAAGAGAAGUAAAAUAAAUACACGCGGUACAACGAAACCUUAUUUUUUAAUAAAACUAUUACUUCUAUUGCCUGUCUGCCUUCGUUUCGGUGAUAUUUGUUAGUGUUAAGUUUCAAGUAGAUGAAGAACAAGAGAAGUAAAGUCGAUAACGGUAAUAUAAAUAAUAAUGGUGUACGUCUGGUAGUUCAUUACUAAAAUGAGAACAACCAAGAUAUCAACAGCUGGUGACAAUUCUAAAAUGCAACCGAUUAGUGUACGUUGGUAUUAUAAACAGUAAAAUAGUAAGCUAUGCAUAGAAAGAAGAUCACAGCGUAACGUGAUAUUAAAAUGCAGACAAAGAAGAAGAUGUAUAUUUAUGAAUAAUAAAUUAAUGAAAUAAGAUGGAAAAACUACCUAAUUACCUAAUCAACAAGAGUAGAUAGAGGAGAGAGAAUUUUGAUCAUGUAUGAAAGGAGUUCAGACCUGAUGAUAUUUAAUAUAAUACUACCCUAAAAUAUGCGUACAUCAGCGUUAUUAUUAUCCAGAUAAAAACGAAACAUCAGAUGAAAUCGUACAGUUAUCAUUAAUACUGUAUUUUUACUUAGAAAUUUAAAAAUAAUAAAUGUAAGGUGAUGACGGAGUUAUGAUAGGUAAUUAACGACAUGCUAAUGAAAAAUUUUCAACGGAAAAAGAACUGAUGAUAUAAGACCGUUAGACCGUGCGAUGUUAUAAUUUUGCACUUAUUGAGCAAGCGACUUCAUUUAUGUAUGUUAUUUUCCUUACACUUGGUUAAUAAAAAGAUGAGAAGGAAGAAAAAAAUAUUAAUGAAUAAUAGACGCAAACAAUAAAUACAUAAAGAUAAAUAAAUAAAUAAAUAAAUAAGAGAAGAAGAAACACGCUACUGUGAAGAUGAUUAUUGUAACUACACUGUGUAAUAAUUAAUAAUGAUGAUAAUAAAAAAUAAGUUGUUUAAAAGGAA